UGCUCGGCGGUCGGAGGGGCUAGGAGCCAGGGGAGUCUACCGGGGGACAUCGGAGCAGCCGCCGGAGCCCGGACUUGGCUGGCGGGCUGGACGCGGGCAGGCGGCGGCAGCGACUCCAGUGGGGUUCUAGAGCGAGCGUUUGGGGACGCGGAGCCAGAGACUCCGGCAGCCUGCGGAGGGGCAGCGGAGGUGGCGACCGAACCUGCCGGGAGAGAACCGAGGCGGCGGAGGCGAACUCAGGCGGCGGCAGGCAGCAAGCCCGCGAGAGAGGGGAGUUCCCUGAAGACAGGGAGGAAAAGAGGGUCCUGGUCCGGGGUUGGAGAGCAGGGGUGCGGGCACUAGGGCGGAGGGGGUCACUGACACCCCCCUCCCCGGGAGCGGUCCUAAUAUUUCUACGUGGUUGGGCGGUUGCCCGGAGAUCCAUCCCUAAGGUGGGCAUUCCUAGAGUCAUAGGGAAGUGUGAGCAUCGUUCCUGCUGGGGUAGGACCCCGUGGACCCAGUGGUCAACAGAGGUUAUAGGGGCUGCCUGGACUGGAAGAAGAAAAUCUGGUACUACCCCCAUGGGACUCCCUCUGCUCUUCACCUCACUAAGAGCCUUGGAUCUGAGAGUCCUGGGUAGAGCCUGCCCUGGCAGGGGGUUCUGUACCCUGUCCUAGAGACUCCUGGUUCCCCACGGCCCGGAAGGAAACCUACUCCCUGAGUGAAAGAAAGCUAAGGGGAAAUCAACUCAUCCAGUAACUUACUGCUUGACCUUGGGCAAGUCACUGAAUUUUUCUAAGCCCUUUUUUCUACUCUUCACAAUAAGGGGAUGGAUUAGAUCACAGAGGUCCCUCAAUUAUUUGGAAUCUUUCAGAGCGGAGUGCUGUGUCCAUUGCCCCCGGUUUCCUCAUGGGCAUGACCUGUAGACUUAACUUAUGGCCUUGCUCUCUGCCCCUCGUGGUCUCCACCAACUGACCUGGUUCCUGCUAAAAGUUGAGUUGUAUCAGAUUGGGCAGGUGCCCUGGGACAUAGGAGGUAGAUGAGACAAAAGGCAUUUGGCUCAGUCCUGGAGACCAAGGCAGCAGAGUUCCGUGCCAUAGGGAGUAGGGAGAUAAGGAUGGAGGACUGGAUUGGAGCAGGCCCCUUUAGGUAGAGAAGGGGAGCUGAAUGGACCUUGUUCUUACCUUUCCACCUCUGUGAAGCCCUGUUACUGUACAGUAUCCCUCCCUCUUGUAUACCUUCCCAUCUGAUCCCAGGUAACCUAAUGGACAUAUGCAGUCCAGGAGAAGGAAAUAUCUUUGGCUGAUACUUUCAGCCUCCUGGCUCCUCCUUGUCCUCUUAGGGGCUCCCCGGCUCCGACAGCUUGCCAUCCCCCCUGGCCUGAGACCCAGGACGCUGACCCGCUGGCCCCAAUGGCUGGAUCAGGAGCUUCUACUGAGUUUCGUGGGGCCUGAGGAGCUGACCAAAGACCCCUGCCCACCCUCCUGUAACACCCACCAGUGGCAGAGCCAGAGGCUUGGCUGCCUUAUGGAGACAUGCUUUGACACCUCCAGAUGCCAGAGCCAAGGCUUCAAGGUGUUUGUGUACCCUGUUGGGCUGACCCAACCCAUCUCUGAAGUUCACCAUAAAGUCCUGGCUUCCAUUGAGGGCUCCCGAUACCACACGGCCAACCCUGAGGAAGCUUGCCUCUUUGUCCUCCCAGGGGAUGCCUUGGACCCCCAGCUGCUCCCACUAUGGAAUGGAGGGCAAAAUCAUCUCAUUUUCCAUCUCCACCCAGGCUCAUGGCCUGAUCUGGGAUUUGAUCCUGGGCAAGCCAUGGUGGCUAGAGCCAGCCCCACACCAGAGACCUUCAGGAUUGGCUUUGAUGUCUCCCUCCCCCUCUUCCCCCAGAGCUACCCACAGAGGGGUGGAAGUCGAAGCCAACUGGCCCAUCUUAUUCCUCCUCCUGGAGAAGACUUGUUGACCUUUGAGGGUCAGCUAGACAUGUGGAUCACUGGUUCUUCCAACCAACGGGACCAGAAUUCUAUCUUGAUCCCCAGUGAUCGCCACAGUGAAACCGUCAAAGGACACAGGGACAGGCCAUGUAAGCAGGACCACACCACUGAGCAGUCUGAGGAUCAGAAACGCCUGUACAACUCUACCUUCUGUUUCAUUCCCCGGAACUGCCACCUGGGCUCCCUCCACCUCCUCCAGGCCCUGAAGGCAGGAUGCAUCCCUGUGCUACUGAGCAGGGGUUGGGAGCUUCCCUUCUCCGAGGUCAUUGACUGGGGCACUGCAGCCAUCAUCACUGAUGAGAGGCAUCUGCUUCAGAUCAAGUCAGCCCUCCAAGGGCUGCCCCCUGCCCGGGUCCUUGCCCUCCGCCAGCAGACCCAGUUCUUGUGGGAUGCCUACUUUUCUUCAGUGGAGAAGAUUGUUCACACCACCCUGGAGAUUGUCAGAGACAGAAUCUUUAGAGCAGCCUCCCGGCCCUGGCUGCUGUGGAACGCACCUCCUGGGGGGCUCCUGGCCCUGCCCACCUUCUCCACACAUUUGGAAGACUUCCCCUUCUACUAUCUACAACGUGGCUCCCGUCCCUCUGGCAGAUUCAGUGCCCUGAUCUGGGUGGGGUCCCUGGACCAGCCCCCCCUGAAACUGAUCCAGGAAGUGGCAGGCUCCCAGCAUUGUGCCCAGAUUCUGGUCCUCUGGAGCAGUGACAGUCCUCCCCCAUUCGGGGGGAAGUGGUCCCAGACUACAGUGCCCCUGACGGUCAUUGAAGGAAGGAAGAAGAAGAGCGACCGGUUCUUCCCUUACAGCACCAUCAGCACUGACGCCAUCCUCAGCCUGGAUGCCCACAGCAGCCUUUCAACCAGUGAGGUGGACUUUGCCUUCGUGGUGUGGCAGAGCUUCCCAGAAAGGAUUGUGGGUUUCCAGACCCGGAGCCACUUCUGGGAUGAAACCAAGGGCUCCUGGGGCUACACAGACCAGAGGCCCAAUGAGUUCUCAGUGGUCCUCACAGCUGCUGCUUUCUACCACAGGUAUUACCACAGUCUCUUCACCUACUCCCUGCCUGCCCCACUAAGGGACCUUGUGGAUGAGCUCUCGGCCUGUGAAGAUAUCUUGAUGAAUUUCCUUGUGGCUGAAGUCACCAAGCUUCCCCCCAUCAAAGUACCACAGAGGAAGCAGCUCCAGGAGGUACCAUCUCCACAGUCAUUCCAGCGUCCCAGAGCUGAACAGCAGUCGAAGAACUGCAUCAACAAAUUUGCCUCAUGGUUUGGCCGCAUGCCUCUGGUGCAUUCACAGCUCCGCCUGGACCCUGUGCUCUUCAAGGACCAGGUGUCUGUCCUACGGAAGAAGUAUCGGCACUUGGAGAGACUUUAGGUUCCGGGACAGCCUCACCCCAGACAUAGCUUCUCAAACUUGCCAAAAGCCCAGUACAGGGUGGAGGGGGGGAAGUAUCAGACCAAGUGGGGUGCACAGGGCACUUUCUACGUGGCUCUGAGGACCAGUGGGGACCAUGGUGUGGAUGAGGCAUUGUAGUUAAGAAUCUGGGUUCACAACCUCACUCUUCUAAUUGCUACACGUGUGACCUGAGCAAAUCACUUAACCUCUCUGGGUCUCAGUUUCCUGGUCUGUAAAAUAAGAGGGUUGGACUAGAUGGCCUCCCAGCCCUGAAUAUAUGAUCCUAUGACCUAUAAGGUCUCCCUUCCAGCCCCAAUAGUCAAUGAUCUAAAACCUUUGGGCCUCCAGGAUGGUUCCUUAUUGUUUAACCCAUCCAGCAGAGCUCAUAGCUCCAGAGACAUCUAACCCUUGUUUGAGGUGAUCUGUAGGUGACUCCCAGGGGAGGAAGAGGGAAAGGGCUGUUAUCUGGCUCAGAGGACCCAUACCCACUUGGCCCUAGGUCUUUGGAGCCCCGCAAUGGAACACCCACCCUACAAUCCUUCCUGGCCCCACUAGAGGGCAGCAGCAGGCCACCUGUGUCUGGGCUUCCUAACCUGUCCUGGGCUCCCUUCUUUAGUUGGGCAGCCAGAAAGAGGGACAGGCCAGAGGGGUGUGUCUUACCCCCUCUCCCCCACCAGAAAUGGCAGCAGCUAAAACAGAGCUGGGAGAGGAAAUGGGAGUACAUGAGCAGUCUGCUGGAGCCAGGGAGAAUCACAGUCACCAUUAAGAAAAUCACUGUGCAUAAGUUGUAUGCCUAGCUGUAACUAGCCAAAACGGCCUGGGGGAAAUUCGGGGGUGUGUGUGGCUGCAUGUGUGUGGGGGGGCUGCGGGUGUGUGUGUGUGUGUGUGUGUGUGGGUGUGUGGGUGGGUUCUGGGGGGUGUGUAUGGACGGGAUACACAGAAGCACUGAGGACAGCCCCACUGGGGUUUCAGCCUCUUUGGCAUGAGAGCCGUGGGGGGAAGGAAGGGCUCCCCAGAGCUGGUGGCUGAGAACAUUCGCAUCCCAUGUCACUCAAGGAUUGUAAAGCCAAUUGUGGGGACAGUGGUCGCCUUGAGGCAAAGCCCUCAUUUCUUAAAGGUGGAAACAGUCUCUGGGAGGCUUGGUGACUUGAACACAUGGCUAAGGAAGCGGCAGGACCUUCCUGUUCCUUCUAUUACAGACCACCUCUCCCCUAGAUCUGGGAAAGACCUUAGAGAUCAUCUCAACCAAACCUCUCAUUUUAACACAUGGGGAAACUGAGUCCAGGGAAGGAGGAGAGGUAGCCGAGUCAGAAGAACUGGAUUCAAAUUCUGGGUCCACUGAUUGCCUCCAAAGCACAAUCCUUUACUUCCCGGGUUUCCAUCUCCUUAUCAGUUAAACAGGGGAGGGGGAGGGGAGAUUGACUCACCUAUCUCUAAGGUCCCAUCCAGCCCUAAAUGCUAGGGUGCUGUAAGUGGUCCCAUAAAUUAACAACAAAACUCUUCCCA